CUUUAGUAGGCGUGUAAGCAAAUAUACUGUUUCAGGGUUAAACGGCCGCCAGAGAGGGGGAUUAUUCUGGAAAAGUCUCCGAUCACCUCAAUUGAAUUAGCGGAUUGACAGACAGCCGCUGUUAGCACGGUUAGCUUAGCAUCAUUAGCAUCAUCCUGAUCAAGAAGAGGUAACUAAGGACAACGCUGUUGUCAAGACAACCAGCCGUGACUCCGUCUGAUGGCGCCUGUCUUGCUGCUCUGGCUGGCCGUGUCCCUCAGUGGGACGUGGGCUGUGGACAAGGGCAACUUCAAGACCUGUGACCAGAGUGCCUUCUGCAAGCGCCAGCGAGCGUUGAUGCCCGGUGAGUCCCCCUAUCGAGCCCUGCUGGAGACCAUGGAGCUGACCAACACCAGACUCACGCUACAGCUCAUCAAUGACAACAACAAGGUGCGUCUGCUGCUUGAGCUCUACCGUCUCCAGGGAAACAUAACACGGGUGAAGAUUAACGAGCUGAAGCCACUGAAGCCUCGCUAUGAGGUCCCAGACGUGCUCAUCAGGGAGCCGCCCACUGAGCCCCUGUCUCUCUUGUCUCAGGACGAGAACGGCGUGGUGCUGUCCCUGGGCGCGGAGUCUCAGAGGGUCAUCGUCAGCGCCCGGCCCUUCCGGUUGGACAUCAUGGAAGGGCGAGACGUGGUGAUGUCUCUGAACUCGCGUGGCCUUCUGGCCUUUGAGCACCUGAGGAUGCGCAAGGACACUUUCUCCUAUAAAGUAGCUAGCACAGUGGCUAGCGUGUGGGAUAAUAUCAAGAGGGUAUUCUCUAGUCAGGCAGAACCAGAGGCCGAGAAGAAAGAGGAUGCUGAUUCGGCAAACCAGGCCGAGACAGCAAAAGAAGAGGAAGAGAAAGUAGAAGACGGCAUGUGGGAGGAAACGUUUAAAUCACACUCAGAUAGCAAACCUAAUGGUCCAUCUGCUAUUAGUUUAGACUUUUCGUUGCCGGGUGUUGAGCACGUCUACGGCAUCCCAGAACACGCAGACACCCUCAGACUCAAAACAACGGAUAAUGGAGAUCCGUAUCGGCUCUAUAACCUGGAUGUGUUCCAGUACGAGCUGAAUAACCCUAUGGCCCUUUACGGCGCUGUCCCAGUCAUGUUGGCCCACAACGCCCAGCGGACCACCGGCAUCUUCUGGCUCAAUGCCGCUGAGACCUGGGUGGAUAUCAGCUCCAACACAGCUGGAAAGACCGUGUUUGGAAAAAUGCUGGAUUAUGUUCAAGGCUCCAGUGAGACUCCACAGACAGACGUGCGUUGGAUCUCUGAAAGCGGCAUUAUCGACGUCUUCAUUAUGCUUGGACCAACAGCCAAAGAUGUCUUCUCUCAGUAUGCCUCCCUCACAGGCACCCAGUCCUUCCCUCCCCUAGCUGCUGUUGGCUACCACCAGUGCCGCUGGAACUACAACGACCAGGAAGACGUGGCUUCAGUGGAUGCGGGCUUUGACGAGCACGACAUCCCCUAUGACUACAUCUGGCUCGACAUUGAGCACACGGAUGGCAAGCGCUACUUCACCUGGGAUCCACAUAAGUUCGCAACACCAAAGGAAAUGCUGCAGGGUCUAGUGGACAAGAAACGCAAGAUGGUGGCCAUUGUGGAUCCUCAUAUCAAAGUAGACAGCAACUACAAGAUCCAUAAUGAAAUCCGCUCUCGGGGUUUCUAUAUCAAGAAUAAAGAUGGUGGAGACUACGAGGGCUGGUGCUGGCCUGGUAGCGCUGGUUAUCCAGACUUCACCCGUGCAGACAUGAGGGACUGGUGGGCCAGCAUGUUCGCCUACGAUCAGUACGAGGGUUCCAUGGAGAACCUGUAUACAUGGAACGACAUGAAUGAGCCGUCGGUUUUUAACGGGCCAGAGGUGACCAUGCACAAGGACGCAACGCACGGAGCCUGGGAGCACCGUGACGUGCACAACUUGUAUGGCCUCUAUGUGCAAAUGGCCACAGCGGAGGGUCAGAUCCAGAGGUCAGGAGGAGUUGAGCGACCCUUUGUCCUGACCAGAGCCUUCUUCGCUGGGUCACAGCGCUAUGGUGCUGUGUGGACGGGAGAUAAUGCUGCUGAGUGGGACCAUCUGAAGAUCUCCAUCCCCAUGUGUCUGAGCCUGGGCCUGGUGGGAAUCUCUUUCUGUGGUGCUGACGUUGGUGGUUUCUUCAAGUCUCCGAGCACCGAGCUGCUGGUGCGUUGGUACCAGACUGGGGCUUACCAGCCCUUCUUCAGGGCCCACGCCCACCUUGACACCCCACGCCGCGAGCCCUGGCUGUUUGGUCCAGAAAACACGGCGCUGAUCCGUGAAGCGGUGCGCCAGCGCUACACCCUCCUGCCUUACUGGUACCAGCAGUUCUACCACGCACACCGCACUGGAGAGCCCAUCAUGAGACCGCUGUGGGUGGAGUAUCCUCAGGAUCCUGCUACUUUCGCUCUGGAUGACGAGUUCUUGAUUGGGAGAGACCUGCUGGUGCACCCGGUUACUGAAGAGGGAGCCCGGGGAGUCACCGCCUACCUGCCUGGCAAAGACGAGGUUUGGUUUGACGUCCACACCUUCCAGAAGCACAACGGGGCCCAGAACCUUUACAUCCCUGUCACCAUGAGCUCUAUCCCCGUGUUCCAGCGUGGCGGCUCCAUCAUUCCCAGGAAGAAUCGAGUUCGCAGGUCCUCCUCCUGCAUGAUGGACGAUCCCUACACUUUAUAUGUGGCUCUUAACCCCAAGAGAACUGCAGAGGGUGAGCUCUACAUAGAUGAUGGCCACACCUUCAACUAUGACAAGAAGGAGUUCAUCCACAGGAGGCUGUCUUUCGCCAACAACAUCCUCUCUUCUGCUAACCUGGCUCCAGAUGCCCAGUUUUCCACCCGCUCCUGGAUUGAACGCAUCGUCAUACUGGGAGCCAGUAAGCCCAGCAAGGUCACCCUUAAGACUGCUGAUGGUCAGGAGAGCCAGCUAGAGUUUGACUUUGACGCCUCCAUGUCGGUGUUGACGCUCCGCAAGCCCAGCAUGAACGCAGGGGAAGACUGGAACGUGAUGCUUCAGUAACCAUGGAGACGGGAGAGGAGGAGGGGAAAAUGACUGAACUGGACUGAACAAGAGGAGGGAGCAGACACAAGGCGCUGAUGCCCAUGACAGCAAGACAACAGGAUAGCCAUCAUGGAAAAUAAACACACAGACAACACAUUAAAUACACACAGUUUUCACCACUACACACACACACACACACACACACACACACAAACACACACACACACAAACCCAUGUAGACCUGUCAGUCGAACUGAGCCAUUUGACGUCGCUGCCAUGUCCCUCUUGUGUUCAGUCACGCUGUAAUGCCUAACAACAAAGAGGUUACUACUAGAUAGAUAAUUAUGUUUGUCCCAUUUUCAAAUAGAUAACAAUUAAGAGAAAUCAUGUCAUUGUAAUGAGUCUUUGGGGUAAAGAGAGAAAACAUUCAAGCACUCUUUUUGUUUUUUCUUUUCUUCUUCUUUUUUUUUUUUUUUAAUCAUCCACUUUGUUCAUCCAGAAGAAAGAUCACUGUGGGGGAUUGUUUGCUAUUUAAAAUGAAGGUUCACAUUCGAAGCACACACUUGCUCCACCUGCUGGUGAUUCCCUCUAUCUGCUUCUGACUUGAUAAAAAAAAAAUCCAUUCCACCCCUCUUUUAAGCCAAGCACUUGAAUCAGCCCAGAGCUCGACCUUCUUUACUCGUGCCACAUUUUAUAUAUUUUGCCGAGGGCUUGCCAACAAUCUUUACUUCCCUCCUGCAAAAUGGAAAGAAAUAAUCAUCUUUCUUAGCAAUCCUGGCCAGCUGAUUCUUUUUCAGCCUCUCCCUGAGCUCGUCAGUGAUCAAUUUGUGUGCAUGGAAAUGAUUGCUUAUCAUUGCUUCACUAUGGAAGUGAUCGGGUCGUUCAACUGCCGCACAGAGAGGAGAUUUUCAGCCGUUCUUUUAAACAAACUUGGCAGACGGGAAUCGCUUCAGGGGACUGAACCACUGAUGUUUGCGGAUCAUCCUUUUGACGUGCUUUCUUUGUUUUAUCGAAUUCUUUUCCCAGUGUUGUUUACUAGAUUAUUUUUAAUGCACUUGAGGAGUGAGAACUAAAAAGUUGUUUAGAUUUUCAUGUGUUUACUAGAUGUCGGGACCAUGCAGGAUUUCCAGUGUGUCAUUUGGAUCCUUGAAAGGUGUUUCACUAGCAAAUGUUCAUUUAUCGAUCCAAAAUAAUGCACUCUGAGCAGUCAUAAAUAUUCCAAUGAUUCCCCGGAGACCCUGGAUUGUGUCCCGUCUAGUCAAAUCAUUGGACCUUUUAGGGGUUUUGUUGUUCUAUGAGUUUGUCUCCUUGAUUGUUUUUAUGAUCAUUAAUGUACAUGUUUGCUGCAAUUUUGUUGGUGAUGGCUUGAACUGGUGGAAAUGGAAGUGAAGGAUCAAAGUUGUCAGAUGUACUCUAAAAGAUGAGACCAAGUGAAAAUAAAAUUGACCAAAUGUAAAAAGAAAAA